CUUACAUUAGUUCAAAUGAGCUAGACAGCUAAGCUAACGUUUCACACCGGCACACUUUGCUAGCGGUUAGCUCGCUAAUGUUAGCCGUUGACCAGAGUACAUACAGCCAGUGACAUACAGUCACAACAUUUUUAUGUUUGUGUAACGAGAAAUUGUAGAAGCUACAGUUAGAAGCCCUGCAGUUCAGGUUCUGUUGAGUUUUUUUCUUAAAUAAGCCCACAGCUAUCUUAGCUUAGUUUAGAAUAGCUUGACUAGGUUUGCUCUCUAACAGCUAGCUAACUAAGCUAACUAGCUCAAAUGUAGCUAGCUUAACUGGUUAGCUAAUAAACCUGUCAAGCCAGUUUGCUCUGGAAUUGUUAGCUAGCUAUUUUUGGACAUACUGAGCUCUAAAAUUAAUAAGUGUGAUUUAUUUAUUUAACAUACAUGUCUGAGCAGUUACAGAAAUUACAAGCUGAGUUGUUGCAGAAUCUCCAAACCGUUGGGGAAACCUCAGCCAGCUCCUCUGAAGAAAAUGGGAGACUCGAUGUUUUAACACGGAUCGAGAAGGUCAUCCAGAAGAUAGUUCACACUAUUUCCCAGGGAGAAGCUCCAGUACUGCAGCUCAGCACUCGGUGCAGUUGGUCCAACAUGAGAUUUGACAAGUCUGUUGGGAUCCUGAUGAGUUUGAAUCCCAAGGUCACCACCCUGCGAAGUGACUGUCCUUCAGCUAUAAACAGAUUUGCACUAUUUUUGAAGGUCCUGUCAAUGAUUUACAGACUAGUCCAAACUGACUCGUAUGCAACAAAACGGGAUAUGUACUAUAAUGACCCUCAGCUGUUCGGGACACAGAGGAAUCUGGAUUUAAUCGUGGAUGAUAUUUCAUGCAUGCUCCAAGUUCCACGGAGGAGCUUACAUGUGCUUGCCACUUCUAAAGGGUUCAUUUCUGGUGAUCUAUGUUACUUGGAGGCAGAUGGCACUAGAGUGGAGUGUCAUUCCAGUUCUAUGGCUGUCCCUGUGUCCUCUAACGUCAGCGAGAUUACAAAUAUCGUGUCAUCUGCCAAAUUCAUUCUAAUCGUUGAAAAAGAUGCAACUUUUCAGAGACUGUUGGAUGAUGAGUUUUGCACCCGACUGCAUCCGUGCAUCAUCAUAACUGGUAAGGGUGUGCCAGACGUCAACAGCAGACUAAUGGUGCGGAAACUGUGGGACACGCUGCAUAUCCCAGUCUUUGCCUUGGUAGACGCAGAUCCACAUGGCAUUGAAAUCAUGUGUGUCUAUAAAUAUGGAUCAAUGUCGAUGGCGUUCGAGGCCUACAGUCUGACCACCCCCACUAUCAUGUGGCUGGGCCUGUUACCUUCAGACAUUGAAAAAUUUGGGGUGCAGGAUGCUCUGAUUCCAUUCACAAAGAGAGAUGAGAGCAAGCUGAUGAGUCUGAAGAGAAGGCCAUACAUCUCUGCUCAGCCGGCAUGGGAGAGAGAGGUUGGCAUCCUGAUGAAAUGUAGGAAGAAAGCUGAGAUCCAGUCUCUUGCAUCUAUCGCUCCUCAUUUUCUCACUCGUGUCUACCUUCCCAAUAAGCUGCGUUAUGGAGGCUGGAUAUGAAUCCACACUGCACUCUGCUGGUGACCCUAAAAUAAUUUAUCUUUCUACAAUUUCCUCCUAUGGUCUGAAAGAAAUUGGGCUCUUUUUCUUUUCUGUUUUGAUUUUUGUGGUAUUCAUUUGUCAGAUGUUACAUUCUGCAUGCUGUUAGAGAAGUGUUUAAAAUAUAAACAGAAGAAACUAAAUACAUUAGGUGUUUUACAGCCACACUAUAAACUUUUAAAUGAGAGGAUUCUAAUCUACUAAUUCUAAUCUAUUUGUUUCAACAUAAGAAAUAUGAUUUCUAAAA